UUGGGAGAAACGGCUAUAGGGUAGUCCAGCCCUGUCGGAGUAAGUGUAGUCUAUGGGAUAGAAACUUCAGGUAGUGAAUUUAGAAUUAUGUGAAUCCCUGGAGAAGAUACCUAUUCCAUAAUUACAUUCCCCUUGGUGAGCUGAGUAGGUAAAGCUUUUACGGUUGCAACAUAUUGCAACCUAAAAUAAAUUAAUAAAUAAUGCAUGGAUGCAACACAAUUUGAAAUGUGGAAUGUAUGGACCAAGAUAAUUCCUGAUUUACGCCGCUGCAGCUGCAUCACUGACGGGAUGGGGGGACCAGUCUUGAUCAACUCGCGACGUGUCGCAAAUUGAAAGCUUGCAAACCCUUGUUUUGGAAUGCACCCUCAUAGGAUAAACGAUGCCCUCCUCCCUGUCUGCCUGUUCCCUCUGUUCCCAGGCCUUGAGAGUGUGCUCAGCGAUCCGCUGCAAGAGCUGGACUCUGCUCUCCCUGCUCUUCCUCCUCCUCUUCCUCGCGCUGUCGGCUCUGAUGAUCAGCACGCUCCCCUUCCCGCUCCCGGAGACGAUACGAAGGCUGCCAUCCCGAGGUCUUAGCGCCGCAGGUGGACCUACGCCGGGGGGGGUGUACAGGGAUCACCCCACAAUGGCCCCCCUCCAGCUCCUUACCCCCAACAUCCACAGCGGGGCCUGGAGACAGGCUGAUGGGAAAGAGUCUUCCAAGCACCUGCUGAUGGUUGUGGAUAAGGCAGGGAUGAGGGGAUCUCCUGGGGAUGUGAUCCAUGAUACCUCUCACACGCACUUACGUGGAAGGACCACAACCCGCAGGAUUAAAGGCAUAGCCUCAAAGAGGAAGGACACGCCAGCAUCCAAGCAUCAAACCAGGAAGCGUCCACUCCCACUGGUGAAUGAUGUGCCAGGGCGUGUUGGCAUGCUAGCCAAUCACAGUUCCGCUUCACGGCUCUCCUCCAAUCCUCGCCCUGCUCCCAGACACGAUGGAGCCACGGGCCAGGCUGCAGCUGCAGACUUGGAGAUGUCGGAACAUAAACAGACUCCAGACAGACACAAGUAUGCAAAGCAUGCUGAGAAAGCCGGGAAGGCCGUCGAAGAGCAUAAGGACAUUCAGAAAACUGCCAGGGCCCUCCGGAAACGCAAAGCACCAUCCUCCAAAAAAAACAAACGCAGCAAUGGUGGGAUAAAACCUCAAACUGCAUUGGAACAGAGAGACGGUGUCUUGUGCAAGACCGGCUUGACAGAACCGGGCUUGUUUCCCGACCAGGACCAGCGCAGGAUAAGAACCGGCACCCAUCCUCUGCCCUGGCUCAGUACGGACGACCUCCGGAAGAUGGAGAUGCUGUCAGGGGGCGACGUGGUCAGCAAGGCCCGAGUGCCUGCCCACGGGCAGGUUCUCCAGGUGGCGCUGGGUCCUGGAAACCAGCCUGGAGGGGAGGAAUCCCACAGUGGGCGGUGCGAGCAGGGGCUCUGUGCUCUGAUCAAGAGGGCAGAGGACUGGUUCGAGGUGUUUGGCUUCCACCUAGACAGGGUCCUGGGGCUCAACCGGACCCUGCCCACUGUGCUCAGGAGUUUCCAUAGCGACAUCCUGCCCUACCGGUACACCAGCGGUACACCUAGACCCGUGGUCUGGUGGGAUCCAGAGAUCCAGCACCUGGCUGAUAAGGACAACGACCAAAACUCCAUCCCACUCACCUGGACCCAGUACCAGCACCUGCUAUUGGCCGGGUGUGGCCGGGGCGUGGCCCUAAACUCCGCCCCUUGUGUGGGCGUCAACCACUCAGAGUGGGGGAGACUGGCUCUCUUCGAUUUCCUCCUACAGGUGAACGAUCGUCUGGACAGGUACUGCUGUGGCUUCACUCCAGCACCAGGAGAACCCUGCGUUGAGAACCUGCUCCACGUCAAAUGCAGCAACCCGAAGAACCUGGUGCUGGUUCACAUCCUGGUGAGGAAAACAGACCGUACUAAGCUGGUGUUUAUAGACAACGCAGGAAGACCUCAUCACCCAUCAGACAACCUGAACUUCCGAUUGGUUGAGGGUAUUAAUGAGUUCCCAGAGAGGGCAGUAUCUGUGCUCCAGUCAGGCUGUCUGGAGGCAAUGUUGCUGCACUCGCUCUACACGGACAGGGAAUUCUGGGAUAGCCAAGGAGGAGAGUCUGGCGUGCGACCUCUCAUACGCGCUGUGGAGCAGCGAAGCAGGAUCCUGCUGCAGCACAUCUACGACAAGAAGCUCCGACUCAAUCGAGAUUUGUGAUCAGCUAGCCCCCAGGGCUAACGCUAUGAGAUUAUUAGCUUACUAGCUAUGGUGCUUCAGUGGACUGCACCCAUAACAAGCUAAUUUAGUCUGUACUGGGAAGAUGCAGAGAGCACUUCAAGGCCCUGGAAGGCCCAAAGAGACGUUUGAGAAUCAAGUCAUUUAAUACAGUCAUGGUCUGAGUGUAUUGUUUUAUUCACUGGGUAACAGCAGUCUAUGCUUGCAUGCACAGCACCAUCGCUUCAAAGUUGUGCACACACACAGUAUCUUAAAAUGUCCAUCACAUUGAAUGUGCUCGCUUUAAAAGUCUGUUUUUAGGAGAUAAGUAUAAGCUGUAUCAUCUGGAAGAUGACAAAUGGCCUCUCAGGAUUGGCUCCAGGACUCCUCAUACGAGAGAACAGCAAAAUCCAUGUGAUCUCAAAAGGCUUUAGGAAAUGCAUUGCUUUACAACGAGAAUGAGUUUGGAUGCCUAAAAGAGAAAAUAAAGGUGUCUUUGGUGAAAUGAUAGGCCUAUUGCAUUGUUA